UCUAGACAUAAAAUUAAAUAAUUAAAUUGCAUUUGUUUAUAAUUAAUUAAUAAUUAAUUAAUGAGAUUCUUGGAUCAUUAUAUCCAAUAAUGAAAAACAAACUCUGUUUAUGGGACACGAUAACAAAAUGCAUUUUAAAUAAUUUUCUGCAAUGGUAUUUUUAAUUUAAAUACAUAUCAAGUUUGAAAUUUAACAGACACGCUAAAAUGUGAAAAAUUAUCUCACUUAUCUUAAUAAAUUCCAGUCUGUCAAACAUUUAUCGACACAGUUCGACUCAUGCAGUCGAUGUUAUUGCCCUGUACAAAAAUGGUUGUCGAAAUGUUGAAGAUCAUUAAGUGCCUUAUUGUUCUGAUUUUUAUAACUCAAAAUGUCAAGAGUGCAGAAUCUGAAUUAGAUGCUUUAGCUUUGAGAAAUCUUAAAGAAUAUCUUCAAAUUCGAUCAGUUCAGCCGAACGUGAAUUAUGGUCCCUGUGUAAAUUUUCUAAAGAAACAAGCUGAAUCCUUAAAUCUGCCCGUCAAGGUUGUGGAAUUGCAUCCUAAGAAACCAAUUGUAAUCAUAACAUGGGAAGGAACAGAACCAGAAAAACCCUCCAUUUUGUUGAAUGGUCACAUGGAUGUCGUACCAGUAUUUCCUGAGGAAUGGACAUAUCCACCGUUUGGGGCGGAAAUAGACGAGAGGGGAAACAUUUAUGCCCGUGGAUCGCAGGAUAUGAAAGGUCAUAGCAUCCAACAAAUUGAAGCGAUUCGUCGACUAAUAUCAAGUGGAAUCCGUCUGAAAAGAACAAUUCAUCUUUCAUUUGUACCAGACGAAGAGAUUGGUGGUUUGACGGGAAUGAAGACUUUUGUUAUCUCAUCAGAAUUCAAAGCAUUGAACGUUGGCUUUGCAAUGGAUGAAGGUGAUUUUUCUACUGAAAAUAAAUUCUUCGUGAGCUACGGUGAGAAAUCAUGGUUUCAAAUCUGGAUAAAUUGUCAAGGCGAUCCGGGUCAUGGUUCAUCGCUACUGAAUAAUACCGCGUCGGAAAAAUUGCGAUUCAUCAUUGAUCGUUUUAUGGACUACAGAGCUAGAGAAAAAGCGAAAUUAGAAGAUCCGAAUGUAAAACCAGGAAAUGUAACAUCAAUUAAUUUAACAAUGAUGAAAGGAGGUACUCAAAUAAAUGUAGUGGCUAAUGAGCUGUCGGUUGCUUUUGAUAUUCGACUUCCUCCUCAAGUAAAUCAUGAAGAAUUUGAGAAUAUGAUUAACGAUUGGUGCAAAGAAGCAGGAGAUGGAGUAUACUACACUAUUAUAAAUAAGGAUCCACCUAUUGAAAAUACCAAAAUUGACGACAGCAAUAUCUAUUGGGUGGCUUUCAAAAACAUUACUCACAACUUGGGCAUGGAAGUGGAACCUUUAAUAAUGACUGGCGUUACUGACGCUCGAUUCUUACGAUUUGUUGGAAUUCCUGCGUUUGGAUUCAUGGCAAUACACAGCACUCCCCACCUUGCGCAUGCGAGUAAUGAAUUUUUAAAUAAGGAUAUUUUCCUGGAAGGUAUAGGCAUUUUUAUGAAAAUCAUACCUGCCGUAGCAAAUGCAUAAAAAUAAAAAACGAUGAAAUGAAUAGGUAAGAUUUUUCCAAAGGAGAAACAACUAAAAAAUUUGGUGUACACCUACUUCAUACUUUAAAAUAAUUCACGAUAAUUCACGAUACUUCAGAUAAUUCGCAGGAUAAUUCAUAUACUUCAGGUUAAUUCAAGAUAAUUCAUAGUAAUUCGAUAUAAUUCAAAAUAAUUCAAGAUAAUUCAUACUUCAAGUUAAUUCGAGAUAAUUCAUAAUAAUUCACGUUACUUCAGAUAAUUCAUAUACUUCAAGUUAAUUCAAAAUAAUUCAAAUUCAAAGUAUAAUUCAAGGUAAUUCAUGAUAAUUUACAUUACUUCAGAUAAUUCAGGAUAAUUCAUGUAAUUGAAGAUAAUUCAACACAAGUUAUUUCCCUUUCGGAUUUUUUCGUAAUAUGUAGAAUCAAGCAAUGAAUUUUGUCUUCUAAUAAACAUUUCAUUGGAGAACUAUUUUAAUUGAAUAAAAUUACAUUUUAUUGUA